CGGCGAAUGCGAAGAACACGAAAAAAUAUUCUGAAGUUACCGGCAGGUUCGAUGCAUGGGAGCGCGGUUAGCAAGCAUUGUGAGCAAUUUGAAUAGUUCUGAGAAAGUGUUUGUUUAUGUAUUAGACAGAACGAUAAUGCGUGUGCUGUACAGUUUUUAACCGAAAUCUGUAGUGCAUCGCUAGUUCUUUUUAAUACAACUUAGAUUCGUGUAAUACUUCUUAUAUUCAUUUAGAAUUAUGAACACUCCUACAAGAACUCUGUAUUCCCCACGAGUACCCCGUACUUCAGCUUCUUCUAGCAGAAGAAGUUCACUUUUACCCGGAUUGAAAAAAAUAUCAUCUUCGAAGUACAGUGUCUCAGGUCGUUCAAAUCAGUCUGUCCAAGUAGUAUGCAAAACACCAUACCAUGUUGUGGAAAACUUUGGUGUUUCUCUACCUAUGCUUGUUACUGAAGCUUUAACAUUCUCUGAUCGAAGCGCUGCAGUUAGUGUCUGCAUUUCCACCGAUGGAUGGGCUUGGUUUGUUUGUGGCAGACGUCUGCUUGUUUGGCAGUAUAAACAAGUUAUUGAUGUUGAAAGACAUCGACCAAUCAUGAACAGCCCAUGCCAUGAAUUGACCCUUCCUCCUAGUGAUCUUGCUCACAAAGCUGAGCUUGUUUGUGUGUUUACUGCAGAAGGAAGUCAAAAUCCGUCUUGUAUCGCUGUCUCCCCUGAAGGGACUGUGCGCUACUGGCCCAGCGUGCAGCACGAGGGUGUGUCCGUGGAGAGCAGUGCAGACCUUCAGGGGCAGGAGUGCCAUUCGCUGACCAACUUAGGCCCUUUGGGAUGUGUCAUUGCAACGACCACUUCCACUCUCCUGCUGGUGGAGCCACGUGUGACUCCUGCUGGCCGACACGCUGUCACCUGCCGACCCCUCCGAACACCCCAUGGGUGGUUGGGGCUCGGGGGAAUUGGGCGCAGAGUGUCUUCAUUGAUUUUUGGCAGUUUGCCAACAUCCCAAAUAAUGGAAACGAAGUUGGUGAAAGUUGUGGCCGUGAAAGGCAAAGGCUCGUCUAACGACUGGUUCCUGUACGUUCUGUCCGAGCAGUCUCUCCAGAAAUGGGUUCUCACACCAGACAAGGAAAAGGAUAUGGAGCACUUGCUGUACGAGUGUGAAAUUAACAAGAUGGUUCGUGAUGCAUUUCAUGAAACUGUUUGGGAGUCGUGUGCUGGUACACCUGCCGAGUUGGACGUGUGGAUGCUGGACAUGCAGCCUACGGAGGGCGGAGUGAUGGUUCUAGCUGCGGCCGUCAACACCCCUCUGACCCCACAGUUGCAUUAUGCCUUAGGCAAAAUUGCUACAGAAUCAAGCGAAGCACCUACUAAAUUUGCUACUUUUUGUCCCUUGAAAAAUACAACGGGAUUCUAUCGCAAAGAACAAGAUGCUGAUGUUAACAGCUAUCAAUUCCUUUCUUUGGGCCAGUCUGCUUACUUGUAUAACCAGAAGGCCAUCUUGGCUGUGUCUUCUACUGCUUCAUACAAUGAAGACACUGAUGUAAUUGAGUUUAUGGGCUCUGGGGACCGAUUGCUUGGAGCAGCACUUUGUGGGAAUGUGCCAGUCUUCUUCUCUAAGAUUUAUGGUUUAGUGUCUGUCUCUCCUGCUGAUAUUUCACCUCACGAUCUUCUCAACAGCAGCAUGAGCAUGAGCGACGUGCGCAGUGCCUCUGACAUCACCAUUUCUCAGCUGUCGGAAACCGGGCUGAACAUCACCGUCACGGAAGCGGAGCUGAGUGAAUUCACUGUCAACAAAGACAUGACAACUCGUCUCAAGGCAGCCUUUCUGCAUUACAUCAAAAAUAGGAAAGAUCAUUCAGAGAGUGAGCAGAUUUUGCGCGAGUUGUUUCCUGACGACAGUGCUGAGGUGAAUCCCAUUCUCGACUCGGUGGUGGUGAGGUUGUGCAGAGACCUUAUAAACGAUGCACCAAUGAGUGAUCCUCGUUGGGCAGACGUCAAACCUGGAGGAUCCUGUAUAGGUUAUGCAUCCUUACAAAUUGAACAUCAGUUACAAGAUAAGAGCAGGGCUCUUGAAUUGUUUAUUGUUUUCCUGAAGGAUUUGAAGCUUUGGGAUCGUUUUACUGCAGUUUCUACUUCAGCUGGAAUAAUGGCAACCUCAUAUGUACUUGAAGAUUUUGCGGAGAAGUUGGUAGCUGCUAUCUCAUUGUACAGGUUGCAACCAGAGUAUGGACAGUUAGCAGAAGCUGUUUUAAAAAAGGUGUUACUCCUUCGAGAAGAAACUCCCACUGGAGGACUCAAUUACCAAGAUUUGUUUUACAAAGAGGUGAGUGAGGUGCACCAGUUCUUCCAAGUGGUAGCGAACUGGACAGAAGAGAUUGUGCAGAGUGACAGGCAGCCUCAAGAGGUGGUAAUGCUCAUCUCUCAAAUCAACACUGUCAUUUUGGCUGUUCUUCAAGAAGUCCUGCAGUGUCGCCAACAGAAGGCUGCAAUGUUUACUCCAAGUACAUCCCCUAGCCCCGAUGUGUGUGAAUAUGUGCCAUGGACUGCUGCACCGGGUGAAGCGGGCCUGAAGGAUUCCCUUGCUACAUUGCAAGAUUUAACUCUCAGAUAUGGAGCUCGUUCUGCUGGAGAAAUUAUGAUACGGAACCAGUUGUAUGAUCAGCUUGUAAAUAUUAUUGAUAUAAUCCUAGAUGGAAGGAAAUGUCAAAUUGAAAGUAUUCGUGGUACCAAUAAAUUUAACAUGAUGCUUCAAAUGUAUGAACGGGAACGACAUGAAAUUCUUGAACCAUUCUUGGAAGAUGAAGAAUAUGAAAGAGCAGCCAUUUUGGCAGAAAAAUAUUGUGAUUUUGAAAUCCUAAUAAAAAUGUGUGAGAAGACUAAAAACAAAGAAAGGCUGGAGAUGUACAUGGACAAAUUCUCUGAGCAGGGCUUUGGCAAGUUCCUACUGGCUCGAUACAUGCAGGAACAUAAAUAUGGUGAUCUUUUGGAAUUGUACUUGCAAAAGCCCAAACCAUCUGAUCAGCAGGAUGAGUUUUCUCGUUUCCUGAAGGACCAUCCUUCUCUGUCAUGGGUCCAAGAUGUUUUUACUGGCGAGUUCAAGCAGGCAGGCGAAACAUUACAACAACUUGCAAAGAGAGAACAAGAACUAGUUCGUAGGAAAAAGUCAAUGGUGUCCCUGUCAAAGAUGGCUCUGCUUGCGUCAGCGUUUCCUCCUUCCAUGUUAGAAAAGGACUUGGAGGAGCUCAACACAGAGUUGGAGCUUAUACUGUGCCAAGAGGAUUUGCCUGAAACGGUUCUGCUGGCCAAUGGCUAUGAUCAGGAGAGGCUGCCUGUACUGUCAGCCAGUGAAAUAAUAAAGCUAUAUAUUUGUGAUGAAAAUGAGACUGCUACUGAAGCAGAUUUUAAAAAGGCUCUAGAUCUUCUGCCGUAUAUCAAAGACGAAUUUGAACAAAGUGAAAUGAGGCAUACAAUAUGGUGUCAAGCAAUUUUAAGAGAUAAAUGGGAUGAAAUAAAUACAGAUUCGCCCAUUGAUGCUAUUCAACAGACCAUUUUCUUUAAAGUUGUUGACCUUAUGCAAUUUUUUGGUGCAAAUCCAGAUGAAGUUCUUCCUUCAUUGGGCCGAAUGCUUGAGAGUCCAGAGUUGGGUACACUCCGAGAAAGCAACAAUUUCAAAUAUUUAUUACGUGUUGGUUACGAGUAUGUUGAGAGAACAACAAAAGACAUUCAGAUUGCAGAAUCGUAGGUUUUUGUUCAUAUUUGUAAAUUUCGUUUUGUUUUUAUAAAUAAAAUUAUCUUCAAAUCAUG